AUGAACCAGCAAGACUUAAUCAGCCAGGAAAUAAUCAGGCAAAAGAGCUUGACUGAAGACACUGUUAGCUCAGAUGUACAGCACCAGUGCUUUCAGCAGUUUUGCUAUCAAGCAGCUUUGGGGCCCCGAGAGAUUUGCAGCCGACUCCAUGAACUUUGCUGUCAGUGGCUGAAGCCAGAGCAACACUCAAAGAAACAGAUUCUGGACUUCGUGAUCCUGGAGCAGUUCAUGAUGGUUCUUCCACCGGAGAUGGAGAGUUGGGUCCAUGAAUGUGGAGCAGAAACCACUUCUCAGGCGGUGGGCCUGGCAGAAGGUUUCCUCCUGAGUCAGGCAGAAGACAAGAAGCAGGAAGAGGGAUGGAAGAAUGUCGGCAACACAUACUUACUUCACGGUGAACUCGAAAGCAUUUCUAUGCAAUCAAAUCAGACUCCGGUGACCUUUGAGGACGUUGCUGUGUACUUCUCUGAGGAGGAGUGGGCUCAGGUGGAUCGUGACCAGAGAGCUCUGCACAGGCAAGUCAUGGAGGAGAAUUGUGGAAUCAUCGCCUCGCUCGAAGCUGACAAGUGUGGAAUGGAGAAUGAGGGAGAACGACUUGGGGUAUCAUUGAAAAGAGAUAGACAUAAAAAGAAAGAACAGAGAAGGAAAACUGAAAGAAAUCAGAAGAGGAGGAAUGAAUCCCCUCCUUCUCAGGGUGACUCUCAUGAAAUUGCAAUCCAGGAAAUAGUAUUGAAUACUAAAUCAAAACGUAGAAGUUAUUGUAAUAACCACAAAGUGGAGCAACCAUUUAAAUGUGAAGAGUGUGGAAAGUGCUUCAGUUCAAGGUCACCUCUCACUAACUUCACUGGAAGCAAAGACUUCACUGACCAUCAAAGAAUUCACACUGGAGAAAACCCAUUUAAAUGCGAUGAGUGCGGAAAGUGCUUCCAUACGUGCACACAAGUCACUGUCCCUCAAAGAAUUCACACUGUGGAGGAAAGUGGUCUUCUCAAGCGCCCCAUAGCUGAGAUCCGGUGA